GUUAAAAUCAGCAAUAUAUGUUAUAUGUUUUCUUUAACGUAUACAUCUAUCCCUACUGGGUGUCAAAAAAGUCUAUGUAAUUUCAUGCAAUUAAUAAGUUGUGCUUGAAUGGGUUGAUUAUGUUCCUGAAAGAAAUGCUGCAAUAACGGCCGAGCCUCCAUCCUGGCAUUUGCCUUCAUCCUGGUCCCCUCGAAGUCCCCGGACCAAAAACAGGAAGUGAACUAUGAGCGCGGAGGCGGAGGAAAUAACGCUACAGACGGUCAACUCUGUCACGCUGACCCGGGACAGCGAUGGGAGCCUCAUACUGCACUGCCCUCCUAUUGACGAGGCUUCUGAGCCUCUUCAGAAGAAGAUCCGCCUGACCACAGACGAGCUGGAGGACUCGGAGGAAGCACAGUUCACUGUGGUCAGCCAACCUCUGUCAGAGAAUGACGAGAGCUUUGAGUUGACCAUGACCGCCACGGCAGACAGUGACCUCACGGAGGGGAGCGUAGCGCAGAUUCAGAUCCUGCAGGUAGAAGCAGAGUCCCUGCCUUCUCAGGAGAAGAGCAGCGAUGACGUGUCGCCCGUCAGCCAGGCCUGGUUCACCACAAAGGAGGACAAGGACACGCUGGCCAAUAAAGGCCACACGUGGAAGCAGGGCAUGUGGUCCAAGGAGGAGGUUGAAAUCCUCAUGAGCAACAUCGCGCGCUACGUGAAGAACCGUGGCAUGGAGGACCCGGCGGAGAUCAUCUUUGAGAUGUCCAAGGAGGAGCGGAAGGACUUCUACCGCAGCGUGGCCUGGGGGCUGAACCGGCCGCUGUUCGCCGUGUACCGCCGCGUGCUGCGCAUGUACGACAACAGCAACCACGUGGGCAAGUACACCCACGGAGAGAUCGAGAAACUAAAAACGCUGAGGAAGAAGCACGGUAACGACUGGGCCACCAUCGGGGCGGUACUGGGCCGCAGUGCCUCGUCCGUCAAGGACCGCUGUCGGCUGAUGAAGGACACCUGCAACACGGGCAAGUGGAGCGAGGAGGAGGAGCGGCGGCUGGCCGAGGUGGUGUACGAGAUGGCCGGGGUGUCGCCGGGCGUGGCCGUCACCGGGGGCGUGUCCUGGGCCUCGGUGGCGGAGCGGGUGCGCUCGCGCUCGGAGAAGCAGUGCCGCUCCAAGUGGCUCAACUACCUCAACUGGAAGCACAGCGGGGGAACCGAGUGGACCAAGGAGGACGACCUGGGCCUGGUGCGCAGGAUCAUGGAGAUGCAGGUGGAGGAGGAGAACGAGCUGCGGUGGGAGGAGCUAGCCGGGGGCUGGAGCAGCGUGCGCUCGCCUCAGUGGCUGCGCUCCAAGUGGUGGAACAUCAAGAGACAAGUGUCCAAUCACAAGGAGAUCCCCUUCAGCCUCCUACUGGAAGUCCUGCAGGACCUGAUGGAGUCCUCCCAGGCCAACGCCGGCACGGGGAGUCCCGCCUCCUCGGCCGCGCUGCGAGUGGCGCGAUUGGACGAGAGCGGCGGCGGUGCCGUCGGCGGGGACGACGGGGCGUCGGCGAGCUCGGUGGCAGCGCUGCAGAUCCCGGUCCAGAUCCCCCUACAGAUCACACACCUGGACGGCUCUGCUGCCCCCGGCGACGGAGACACCAUCACCCUGAACACCGGAGCCCUGCAGACCUUCGAGAUCCUACCGUCGUUUCACCUGCAGCCCACCGGCACGCCCGGGACCUACUACCUCCAGACCACGUCCAAUCAGGGCCUCAGUCUGUCCACCAGCCAGGGCCUGCCUCUCGGCCUGGGCAGCAACAGCACCGUCACCCUGACCACAAGCUCCUCGCCCUCCUCGCCUGAGCACCAGAUCAUCCUACACAGCCUGUCCGCGGAGGGCCUCUGCUCCAGCGACGGGGUCAUCAUCCAGACGGUGACCUCUGACCCCUCCUCCUCGGACCCCCUCGGCCAAUCACAGCUGAUUGUGGAGACGGCGGGACAGGAACAGGAGGUGGGGCUUGAGGCCUCCAGCCUCCUCGUUGGUGAUGAGUGUGUUUCAUCGGAGGCUCAGCCAAUGACAGACGGCUUUGCUGACAAGGUCCUGAGCUCCACGUCUGUUGAGGAGACCUCUGCCCUUGCCCCCGGCAGCACUGUGCUGAUCGUCUCUGCACCCAUCAGCAGCACACUGACGGAUCCGAUCCUGGAGAACCAGGAAGGAUCAGACUGAGUGGCGUGGCGGGGGUGGACACCCCCGUUCCGCUGACACCUCAACACCAGACCUG